GCGAAAUCCAGCAAGAAACUGAACCCGAAUAAGGUCGUCGAACUUCCCGUGCUGGAAAAUGGGCCGAAAGAAGGAAAAGCGGUCGCCCAAAAGCCCUCGGGAGUUUCCCGGCAAAAAGUCCUCGAAAACGGAAUUCCCGAACGGAAAUCCGCUAGAGGGAUGAACUGUAACUGGGCGGACGAAAAUGGGGGCGUCGUUAAUUAUUUUCAGAGGCCCCGUCGAGUCCGCUUCACCCUACCGCCGUCAGAUGGCGUUAGCGGUCCCCGAUCGCACCGUUUCGCCGCCUCCGGACCGAAACGACCGCCUAACAUCGCGGAGAACGCGCCGAGAACACCGAAAGCGCCGAGAAGAGGCGCCAGUCGACGUUCGGCGUCCGUCCAGAUAGACACAGGCGUCGUGGUACGCGGCGGCCGUCGAAAUAAGGAGUACGCGCCGCAGUUUUUGAGUCGAAGCACCGGUGUGUUAGUUGCCGGAUCGCCGGGAGUCAGAAGACGAGUUUAUCCCACUGGAAGCUACUCGAAGGGCACGCUGUCGCCGACAGCAACCGCCCUUCCGCCCGCAGCCGCCUCUCUCGAGGGGCGGCUCCUCCUGAGGGCGGCACGUGACGGUGAUGACGUCAUCUUGAAGGACCUGCUGAGGAACGCCGCCGUUCUGGGAAUCUCAGAGGCCGAUCUGAACGCAGUGGACGGAAGCGGCAGGACAGCGUUCAGCUACAUAGCAUCUAACGGCACCAUCGAUCUGUUGGAGCAGAUACUGAAAUUGCCAGGUUUGGAUCCCAACAAGUCGGACAAUGAGGGAAACAGCCCCCUACAUUUUGCAGCUCAGGCAGGUCAAAUUGAAUGUCUGAAUUGCAUGCUCAGCAGAUGCAGAGGAGUAGAAAUAGACGCCAGGAACAACUUGGGAUUCACGCCCCUCAUGAAAGCUGCCCUGCAAGGCAGGAAUAAAUGUGCCAAACUUUUGCUUUUCGCAGGGGCCAAUCCGACGCUACGAGACAACGGCAGGGGCUUUCGAGCGGACCAAUGGGCGCGCUUCUGUGGUCGGUACGUGUGUGCUGACGUCAUCGAGAAGCAUGCGCGCCAAAGGCUGUUGGAGAGGUCGACGUCAUACGGUCGUUGGGGCGGCGAAAAUGAGAUGGGGGCACGGGUAAUGAUGGGCAAGGUGGUACCUGUGCCCGCGGUGCCGCAGCAGCAAUCACAUAGUCUGAAAUCCAAGCUGAGAAAAGUAUUCCGAACGUCUUCCGGCCCGAACACGGACCCAUUUUCCAGCGCCCGCCUCGUAACCCAGCUGACCUCGGCCGCCCUUUGCGCCAGCUCCCCCGUGCUUCCCUCAGGCCGGACCUGUCCUCCUGUGGUCAAGUCGCUGAUCCGUCCCCUCACGGUACCCCGACUGCAGAUCACCCUGGUCAACAACAACGGCGACCACCCCAACCACAACAACAACAACAUAACCCCGACCGAUGCCGCCAUUUGCGUCAAGUCGUCACCUGUUGCUCAACACAAGAUGGCCGAUGGGGUGGAGGUCGUUAAGCCGGUCAGGACGAAGAAGAAGAAAUAGCACGAGUGCCAGUUGUGUCGAUGGUGCUUGGAGGAAUGAAGAGACUGUUUUGUAUAGUAGGUAGGACUGGUUUUGUAUCAGUAGGUUUUCUUAGUGCCCCGACUGCACAUCACCCUGGUCAACAACAACGGCGACCAUCCCAACCACAACAACAACAUAACCUCGACCGACGUCGCCAUUUGCGUCAAAUCGUCACUUGUUGCUCAAGCCAAGAUGGCCGACGGGGUGAAGGUCGUAAAGCCGGAGCGGACGAAGAAGAAGAAGUACCAGUUAUGUCGAUUGUGCUCGGAGGAGUGAGAGACUGUUUUGUAUAGUAUGUAGGACUAGUUUUUGUAUCCACAGAUUUUCUUUCUGAGAGCUGUGAAGUUACCAAUUGAAUCAAUAAAGCAGGAACCAAUUUGCGAAGUUAAGACAACCAAUGGCGAGAAAGUUUUUGAGAAUAACCUGUUGCAACCAUGGACGCAAUAAGAAGACAAAGUUAUUUCUGAUACUUAUUUAAACUUGUAUGUUUUAGAGCUUCGUUUUCAAGAUACAGAGUGGUGAUAAUUUUUAUUUCAUUUGUUUAUUCGAAUAACUGAGUCUGUGCAAUGACAUCAGAUGUUUUGAAAUCGAAAUUUGAUUAACAAUAUUCACAGUAAGUGUACAAUGCAGCUGAGAAAGAACAUUUUUUGGUCACAGCAAUAGGAAGAAUGACCCCUUAGCGAAAAUUCCAUAUUUCACAGAAACUUUGAUAAUAUUUCGUCAUUUUCCAAUCCUUAUAUAUUAAAAAUUAUGUAUUCGAAGCCUCGCUUCUUGAGCUACUCUUAUGACGUAAUAGAAAAUAAUGGUUCUAUUAAGCAGUUUCUCUGAUAUUUUUGAGCUCCUGAUCGAUUGUUGUUUUGUCGUUUGUUUGAGCUGAACAAAGACUGAAUAAUGAACAGAGAUAUAGGGUAUCCUUUUGAGAAAACCAUCGACAAUGGCAGUUCAUAGAAACAUGAAACGGGCUGGCACAUUGUUUGUGAGUAGGUAUAUAGAUUACAGCGUGUUCUAUUUUGCGUGUAAGUUGAUAAUACAAUGACGUACAGUGUGUGACAAGUGGAAUUCUGAAUAGUUAUUUGUUUCCUAAUACCACCACCCUGAAACUUAAUUUCAAUUCACCAAAUUUUUCAGUUCUGUGGUAGUGGAAUGCUUAAGGAUUGCUCUGAUGGAUUUUGGUAACUUUUUAGCACAUAAAUUGGGUGAAUAAAUUUGCUGAGAAAAAGAAACUGGUACUUCUCACUUUCAAUAUACAGUGUGUCCACCUUAAGGACUUACCACUCCUGUAAAAUCGUUAUUAUUCGACCAAUUUCAAAAAACCUUUUUUUGUUGGAUAGGUAUUUGAAAUGCCCAUCCAACGAGAAAGUGAUCUAAUUCUUGGACUGUUAUCGUGGCCAACUGCGACAAAUUUCAAUGACCCAUAUUCCAGAAAGUACUAUGAGGGAUUUUUUUCCACGAAACUUGAUUAUGGAUUCUGAAUCAGUACCACUUGAAAUAUAUCUGUACCGAUUUUCAUCAUCAUAAAACACAGGGUGUCCGAAAAAACGAAUCAUGAUUUUCUUCAAAUAGGUGAUCAGCAAAUGUAGUUCUGUGGUUUUUCUAGAAAGAAAUAAUCACAAAUUAUCAUUGAGGAUUAUUUCAAAUAAACCUGUAGCAAUUUUCAUUGGUCAUUUGAAUAUACAAUUUGUCUGAGAAAAUAAUUAAAAAGGACAGGUAAGCAAUAUUUUUCAUCCUGAUAAUUCUUCACUCAAAAUAAAAUGAUGAAUCAGGAUCACUUAGAACAUACCUGUACCGAUUUUCAUCAUCAUUGAUUCGAAAAAUCAAAUUAAUAUUUUUUUUGACUUGAUGAAAAAAUAUUGCCUACUUUUUUUUUUAAUUGUUUUUCCAUACACAUCGUAUUUUUGAAUGAUGAAAAUCUAUACAGAUAUGUUCAAAGUGAUCCUCAAUAAUAAUGUGUCAUCAAUUCUUCUCAAAAAUACCACAAUACUACAUUUUCUGAUCACCUAUUUAAAAAAAACAAUUCGUUUUUUCGGACACCCUGUGUUUUAUGAUGAUAAAAAUCAGUAAGGUUGUUUUUCAAGUGAUCGUGAUUCAGAAUCCAUCAUUGUUUUUUGUGAAAAAAAAUCCCUUAUAGUACUUUCUCAAAUAUGGGUCAAUAAAGUUGGUCGCAGUUGGCCACGAUUACAGUUCAUGAGUAAAAUCACUCUCUUGUGGGAUGGACAUUACAAAUACCUUUCCAACAAAAAACAGUUUCUUGAAAUCGGUCAGAUAAUAACAAUUUUACAGGGGGCGGUAAGUCCUUAAAGUGGACACACUGUAUAUAUUUAUUGUCCCAAAUAAGGCAACAUACUCACGUGACGUUCUUUCACUUUUUUUCAAGCGAUGACGCAUGCGCGGAUUUUUUGUGACGUUUGUCAUGGAAAAGUGGGUGGGAUGGGGAUGGUCUGUACCAACGCUAUUCCUACUAUCGUUUGUACAUUAAUUCAUGUUCCAUGAUUCCAUGAAUGAAAAUGUGAAAAUGUUCUCCUUUUUUAUUUAUAUAUACAUAGUAUUUAAUUUCUUGUAUAGUCCGUGAUUUGAUGAAGUGUUGACCUAAUAAAUAUCGAUAUAUUAUCUAGGUUAGACAUGUUUUUAAUCCAAGUAAGUCGCUCACUGAAUCAUUCAUAAUAUCCUUUCAUUUAUGUUCAUUACAAUAGUGUAAUAUUGUAUUUUCUAUCAUUACUGCAUAUUGAUCGAAAAUGUCAGAUAAUAAUAAGGAAUGUAUAUGUUUCAGUUCAAAUUAGAAAUCGAUAAAACUCAUCUUUAAAAUAUUGCUCUCCGUAUUCAUGAUUUUUAGUGGUUUCUUUUUCGUAACAUUGACAUAUCUAAAAUGUAGGAUUUGUAAAAAUUGUAUUGUAUUACGAUGGGCCUUAGAAUGUGAAUUUAUAUUGCAACACCAUAUUCAUAUACUACCGAAUAUCAUAAUAUUCUGCUAACUUUUCUAUUUCUAUUUUUUACACAGAUUUAUCAACUUUGUAACAUUAUUUUUAUCUUCUUCGGAUAUAUCAAAAUAUCUGAAAUAUAUUCACGUGUGAUACCUGUAAGAUUUUUAUCCCUGUGGGAGUACUAACAAAUUUUAUCAACGUUAUUCAGUUGUCGAUAUACCCCUGAUUGGAUAAUAGUAAUUAUACAGGGUAUGUCUUUAUAUCUAGAAUCAGUCACAAGAAAUUGAUGACAUUAAUCGUUUGAAAUAUUGUCGAAGAAGCAGUGUUGCCGCUUCUACUAGAAAGUAGCAACAACUUCGUUAUUUCAAAUAAAAUCAUUGCAUUUUUAGAUUCUUCCUGAAGAGCUGAUUUCAUCAAUGCAUCACACUUGGGGUCUAGCGUAAAUGAUUACAGAAAUAUAGGGUGUUCAAAAUCAAGGUUUUUCAACUUGAGCGGUUUUUUGUAUCGAAACUAUUCAUUAUAUUGGUCAAAUAAACGGCCUACAUGCCCCUAUCUUAACUUUUGAUUUAGUAUCUACUGACAUUUAAUUGGAACUGAUAAAGAAUUCUGAACACCCGGUAUCUGCUAUUCUGAUAAAAUGUCAGUAGAAGGUGAAGCGAAAGUUAAGAUAGGGACAUGUGAGACGUUUCAACCAAUAAUGAAUAGUUUCGACAGAAAAAAAUCCUUAAGUUGAAAGAUCUCGAUUUUGAACACCCUAUAUCUCCGUAAUCAUUCCCACUAGACCCCAACUGUGAUGCAUUGAUGGAAUCAGCUCUUCAGGAAGACUCUGAAAUGGCAAUGAAAUACAGGGUAUUCCAUUUGAAAUAACAAGGUGGUUGCUACUUUCUAGUAGAAGUGGCAGCUCUGCAUUGUUUGAAAUAUUUUAAACGAAGAGAGCGUAAUCUCAAAUGACAGCAUGAAUUUUUUGCGACUGAUUCUCGAUAUAAAGAUAGUGUAAGCUCAUCAUAUGACAUACCCGGUAUACCAAGGUACAGUUUUUCCACUGCUAACAAAAAUUUCCUAAUUCAAUAUUUUUAGACCUACAAUCUUCACUUUCUUGUGAAUGGUUUAUGUUUUCAUUAGAAGAGAGUUAGUAGUGGAAAAAAUAUUUCUUCAAUUUAUCUGAAAACAAUUAUUCUGAAAGCAAUGAUCAGAACACGAUCUUUGCCAAAAAGUAUUGUAUAUUGGGAACCAAUGAGAAAUAUUAUCCGAAAUGGUGCUAAAUGUAUAGAAUGUAUAUUUUGCCUUGCAAAUCUGUAUUGGUGAUAUAUUUCCCAGAUUCGAUCUUUCCCAAAUUCAUUUGAAAAUGGA